UGGCAACAGCUAGUUCCUUCUGCACUUCAACCUCACCUUCUGCCCCAGUUGCGCCUCACGCGUUAUCAAUUCCCGGCUCUGAUAUUAUUAUCGACUAUCUGUAUCUAUCUAUCUAUCUAUAUAUAAGUCUCCAUAGAACCCCCAAUCACCGCAAACAAACAUUACAUAGCGACACCUCUCUCUCUCCAUCUCUCUCUCUCUCUCUCUCUCUCGAAUAUGGGCUUAUUGUCUUCAGCUAAUGGGUCAAACUGGGAGCUUAUGGCAGUGAUGGUUGUAAUAGUGGUGGGGUUUCAAACAAUGGGUACUGGCUGGGCUGGUAACUUCUACCAGGACUUCGACGUCACUUGGGGUGGAAAUCGUGCAAAGAUAUUCAAAGGCGGAGACCUUCUGUCCCUGUCUUUGGACAGAGUCUCUGGUUCUGGCUUCCAAUCCAAGCACGAGUAUCUCUUCGGACGCAUUGAUAUGCAGCUCAAACUCGUCGCCGGCAACUCCGCCGGCACCGUCACUGCCUACUACUUGUCGUCCCAAGGGCUAACUCAUGACGAGAUCGACUUUGAGUUCUUGGGAAACCUUAGCGGAGAUCCUUAUAUCCUCCACACUAACGUGUUCACCGGAGGGAAAGGAAACAGAGAGCAACAAUUCUACCUCUGGUUUGAUCCAACCAGGAAUUUCCAUACCUAUACCAUUAUCUGGAACCCCCAACAGAUCAUUUUCUUGGUGGACAACACUCCCAUAAGAGUGUUCAAGAAUGCCGAAGCAAUUGGUGUCCCCUUCCCCAAGAGCCAACCCAUGAGAAUCUACUCCAGCCUCUGGAACGCCGACGACUGGGCGACUAGAGGUGGACUCGUGAAAACGGACUGGAUCAAAGCUCCUUUCACUGCAUACUACCGUAACUUCAAGGCCAAUGCCUGUGUUUCGUCUUCUGGCUCUUCAGCUUGCUCCUCCGAAUCUCCCAACUCAAUCUCCGGCAGUGCGUUGCAAACCCAUGAGCUCGACGCCCUUAGCCGACGGCGGCUCCGAUGGGUUCAGAAGAACUUCAUGAUUUACAACUACUGCACUGAUUUUAAACGCUUCCCACAGGGUGUUCCAGCGGAGUGCAAGCGAUCAAGGUUCUUUUAGAAAGGGAACACUGGUCCUAGUUUGUACCAGCUUUGGAGUAAAUGUUGAAUGCGGUUUUCGUAAUAUUAGUGGCUGUGAAUGGGUGGAGUGUAAUUCUUUAUUGUUGCUCUGUUCUGUUUGAAUUCAGCUUUGGCUUUGAUAGUAAUACAUCAACCAAUUUUUUUUUAAUUUCUGUGUCUGUUUGUUUAAUAAAGGGGAGGUCCCUCUAUAAUUUUCCUUUAUCGAAUCGGUAUUGAAGUGAACCUUGUAUUUAAUUUGAGUAAUAAUUUUUAUUUUUGGUCA